CCUCUGAGCCCGCCGAUUGGCCGCCGCCUGGCAUCGCCUCGCACUGAUUGGGCGAGGCUCGGCCAGUGCUGGCCGGCCGCUACCGAACUGCUACUUUCAAAAGCGCCGGGGCCGGAGGUGCGGCACAGCGCACCGGGCAUGGCUUGCUCACAGAGACCAAGGGAAAGGAUGCCAUUGCCACGCAAUGCCAAGAUGCUGAGCACCAAGCAGUCCCGAGCAGGCAAGGCAGGGCCUGCUGCAGAGAACGUCAAUCCUGAGAAGCCUCUACUGCAGGAGGAGAGCUGUCAUGCCAAGCGGUCUUCAUCCUCACCCCAGGGCGGGCCCAAGAAGAGAUCAGCGUUUGGAGACAUCACCAAUGCUCGCAAGAACCAGGUGGUGGCAGGGAAGAAGGAGUCUGCAAAGGUUGCUCCACCCAAGGCGCAGAGGGCACAUAAUACCUUAGGGGUGGCCAAGAACAACGAGAUCAACCUAAAAAAGUCAACGAAGAAAACUCCCCCACCAGCUCCUGCAGAGCCCAAAGAAGAUCCUGCGCCAGAGAAGUCUGUACAGGAACCGAAGCCCCCUGAGCAGAGGGUGCCAGCAGUGGAGGACAUUGACAAGGAGCAGCUGGGUGACCCCUACGCCAAUGCAGAGUAUGCCAAGGAGAUCUUUGAAUACAUGCGGGAAAGAGAGGAAAAAUUCAUGCUUCCUGACUACAUGGAGAAGCAGACAGACAUCAGUGGGGACAUGCGUGCUAUCCUUGUGGACUGGAUGGUGGAGGUGCAGGAGAACUUUGAGCUGAACCAUGAGACACUGUACCUGGCUGUGAAGCUAGUAGACCACUACCUGGUGGAGGUGGUGAGCAUGAGAGAGAAGCUGCAGCUCAUCGGCUCCACUGCCAUCCUCAUUGCCUCCAAAUUUGAGGAGCGGUGCCCACCGUGUGUGGAUGACUUCCUCUAUAUCUGUGAUGAUGCCUACAAGCGAGAGGAGCUUAUUGCUAUGGAGAUGAGCAUCCUCAGCACCCUCAAGUUCGACAUCAACAUCCCCAUCCCCUACCGCUUCCUGCGGCGCUUUGCCAAGUGUGCCCGUGCUACCAUGGAGACGCUGACGCUGGCCCGCUUCCUCUGCGAGAUGACCCUGCAGGAGUACGACUAUGCCCGUGAGAGCCCCUCCAAGCUGGCUGCCAGCUGCCUGCUGCUGGCCCUUACCAUGAAGAACCUUGGGGGCUGGACCCCUACACUGGAGUACUACAGUGGGUACAGUGCCCAGGACCUGCACCCCCUGGUGAAGAGGCUGAAUUUCCUGCUCACAUACCAGCCCCGUGACAAGCUCAACGCUGUGCGCAGCAAGUACUCACAUAGGGUCUUCUUUGAGGUUGCCAAAGUCACCCCCAUGGACAUGCUCAAGCUCGAGGAGACACUCACUAGCUCCUAGCCCUACUCUGUGAAUAAGCCUGUAAAUAAUGGGGUACCCUCAAGCAGGGUGGUACUAUGUACAUAAGUAAUGGUAAUUUUAACUGAGGAAGAGGCGGGAGGGGGGAAAAAAGUCAUGUGUAACUGUUAAUAAAAUGUGUUUGUUGUACAUGCUGGCACUGGAGCCCCA